UUGGCACCAGCACUGCAGGAGCAGCGGACGCAGUGGCACGGGGACUCAGAGGGGGCCGGGCACAGAGGGGACGCUCCGGGAAUCAGAAUCGGACAGGGAAACAGCCUCUCCACAAACCCAAAAGCACCUCAAAUCUGACCUUCGAUGGGAAGAACUCUUGAAGCCAUGACUGCCCCGCGGCUGCUCUCUGCUGUGGCCUUUGCGCUCCUCCUGGUCAGACAGGGCGGAGCCUGGUCCUACAAUGCCUCCGAGGACAACAUGACCUUUGAGGAGGCCAGCGCCUACUGUCAAAAGCACUACACCCACCUGGUGGCGAUUCAGAACCAGGAGGAGAUCCAGUACCUGAACUCCAUAUUCAGCCGCUCAGGCUCUUACUACUGGAUCGGGAUCCGCAAGAUCAAAGGCCAGUGGGUCUGGAUUGGCACCGGGAAGCCUCUGACGGAGGAGGCCGCGAACUGGGCUCCCGGGGAGCCGAACAACAAGCAGGCUAACGAGGACUGCGUGGAGAUCUACAUCCAGCGGGAUCAGGACCCCGGCAAGUGGAACGACGAGCUGUGCAGCAAGCGCAAGCUCGCCCUGUGCUACACAGCUGCCUGCACCCCGACAUCCUGCAGCGGCCAUGGCGACUGCGUGGAGACCAUCAACAACUACACUUGCCAGUGCCACCCUGGCUUCCGCGGCCUCCAGUGCGAGCAGGUGGUGACCUGCCCAGCCCAGCACGCCCCUGAGCACGGACGCCUGGACUGCACCCAGCCCUGGGGCAGCUUCAGCUACAACGCCUCCUGCACCGUGAGCUGCGAGGAGGGCUACAGGCCCAGCAGCCCCGAGGCUGCCCGCUGCACCGCCUCCGGGGAGUGGAGUGCGCCCCUGCCAGGCUGCGAGGCUUUCCAGUGCAAAGCCCCAUCCAGACCCGAGAGGGGCCACGUGAACUGUACCCCCAGCGCUUCCGGGAGCUUCCAGCCCGGCGCCAGCUGUGCGUUCUCCUGCGAGCCGGGCUUCGAGCUGGCAGGACCCGAGAGGCUCCAGUGCGGCCCCGCAGGGCAGUGGGACAGCGGGGAGCCCACUUGUGAAGCUGUGAGAUGUGCCCCUGUGUCCCGGCCCCAGAGCGGCUGGGUGCAGUGCCGCCACGCCCCUGCUGGGGAGCUCACCCCCAGCUCCUCCUGCGCCUUCGGCUGCGAGGACGGCUUCCAACUGCGUGGGGCAGCUCGCCUGGAGUGCACGGCUCAGGGACAGUGGACACAGGAGGCCCCCUCCUGCCAAGUGGUGCGAUGCUCACACCCGGAAGUGCCCGGCAAGGUGGCCGUGAGCUGCGAUGGGGAGCUCGUGUUCGGCGCUGAGUGCACCUUCGCGUGCCCGGAGGGAUGGACGCUCAAUGGCUCGGCGGCUCUGACGUGCGGUGCUGCAGGACACUGGUCCGGGAUGCUGCCCACCUGCGAAGACCCCGCCCCGUCCAGCCUGCCCCUGGCCAUCGGGCUCUCUACUGCCGGGACCUCCCUCCUGACGUCGGGGUCCUUCCUCUUCUGGCUCCUGAAGCGCCUUCGGAAGAAAGCAAAGAAAUUUGUUCCCACCAGCAGCUGCCACAGCCCUCCGUCAGAUGGAUCCUACCAGACCUUGAUUUAAGUCCAAAAGGAGCCAGGAACACAGGUAAAGGAGGGAAUGAGAGCGAUGCCCUGAGGACAGCAGAGAGCUCUCCUUGGAUCUCAGAACUUUGUCACCUACUGCAGCUGGACUGCAGUGCCCCUGAGAACUUCAAAGGACCAAAGUCCCGCGGGAAAGGCCAGCCUGCCAGCAAAAUAACUCAAUUUCCUUUGUCCUGUUCCAAGGAUCUGGAAAGUGCUGGAUACAGGGGGAAGGAUAUUCUCUUCCAGACAAAAGCAAAGAGCCCAAGGCUCUGGAGUCUCAGAACUCCUUUUCUAGCUCUCCCUCACUCCUGAUGAAAUCUGGGUGGAGAAACCCAGUAUUUUGUGACAUUAUUUCUUUUGUCCUUCAUCUCUCUAUAUAAAAGCCUAAGUGACUAAAUGACCGGUUGACCAGUUGCUAUGACGCACACUGACCUCCAGGAGGAA